GGCCGCUCGCCAGUCCCGCGCCGCGCGUCGCUAGCAGCGCCCGUCCGCUCCCUCGCCCGCGCUCGCACCCGCCCGCAAUGAAGACCAAGCUCAAAGGCGCUCGCGCCAAGAACAUGGACAAGCUCAUCGCCGCUGUCCAAGCGAGGGAGUGUCUCUGGGACAAAAGCUACCGGGGGCACAGGAAUCGGUUCAAGUUAGAGCGUUAUUGGAACGAGGUUGCCGCCGAGGUGGGCACGUCUAGUCUCAACUGCAGAAAGAGAUGGAAGAACCUAAAAGAUCAAUGUCGGAAAGAGAUGAAGAAAACUCCAGGAGAGUCAGAGUGGCCACAUUUCCAGAAACUCAAGUUCAUUCACCACCAGUUCCUGGCAGAAGACGAGGAAGGUGACGAUGACACAAACGAUGAAGUCUUCAACUCCUUAGAUGAUUCCAUAAAACGGCCAAAACUUGGAUAUACCAUGAGAAAGAAAUUGCUGAUGAAUAAAAGAAGAACAAUAGAUGUUGAUAUGAAUAAGCUGAUAGAUUUGGUGCAGGCGAGAGAUAUAAUAUGGAACAGACAGUUGAAAGGGCAUCAUAAUUGGUACAAAUUAGAUGAGUGUUGGAAGGAGAUUUCGCAAGAGCUUGGUGUUACACGAGACGAGGCGAGAUUAAAAUGGAAAUAUCUACGAGACCAAGCGAGAAAGGAAGUCAGGAAACAAGACUCUGAAUGGGAUUACCUCCCAAAACUGCAGUUCCUGACCAACCAGUUUAAUGACUACGAAGGAAAUGAGAUACCCGAAGACCACUUCAAUGACACCCAGGACUAUGAGCCAGAUCCAGGGACAAGUUACUACAACAUGGAACCAGCACCUGACGUAGGAGUCAAAGAUGAUGAUUUUGAUGAAUUCGACACAAAGCCUAUUAUAAUGGAAGCAGACUUUUACGAUGAUGAUGACGAAGCACAGAAAAGUACAACAGGUGCAGGAGAUAAUGGCGAACCAGCGAAAGACGAAGAUGUAGGCUUCUUUAACAGCCUGUUGCCACAUGUUAAGAAGUUAGGUCCAGCGAAGAAGCUCAUGCUUAGAAUGAAGAUUCAGGAACUUGUGUACAAUACUGUGUAUAAUGAGACCUAGGGGUUACCUAAUAAUGUUGGUAGGAGCAUUGAUUUUGAAAGUGUUGAAGGUGGUACAGAAGGACUGCUUAAUUUUGGAGUAUAAUGAUAAUGCACCGAAAAGACAUAAAUAGGAGAUGUUAAAGUUAUAUUAGCCAUGUAGUUGUAUUGAAAGAUCUCAUAGAGGACUGCUAACAUGACAUCAGAAGACGAGAAAUCGCUUUAAUUUUUAUAUCAGCUUGUAAUUUUACAUUUGUUAAAGGGAAUAUUUAAGCCGUAAUUUACCUUUAAAAUUGAUAAAUAAUUUAAGCAAUUUAAUAAUUUCUUAUGUUUAUGCGAAUGUUAGACAUUAAAAUUAAACUAUUUUUCGGAUUUUAUCGCGGUUUUAAUGUUUUAUUUUUCUCCCGACGAUUCAAAACUUUACCGCUUCCGUGACCAUGAAAAAUAGUUUAACUUUAACGGUUUAAGAAUGUUUUUGUAAAGCUGUUGUCGAGAUAACAUUUAUAAUGUUAAAAGAAAACAUUUUGUUUAUCGAUUGAAGACUGAAAACUCAAUUUACUUGCAAAAAAAUAAUAUUAAACUCUACAAUAGUUAAGAAAGUAGUUUAAAGAAAUAUAAUUGAAAUAGAGAAGUUGUUUUAACCAAUUGAUGGUAAAAAGUUAAUUUCAAAGAUUGUCUUUGUUUUUUUUUUAUUACUAAGUAACGAAAAGUAUAUCUUAUUUUGUAUUUGGAAUAAAAAUUAAAAAGAAUAUUUUUAUUUUCUUUUUUUAAAUUAGACGCCAUUAAAAAUAUACAUUUUGUUCCCAAAACCAUUCAAACUCAUUUAUUCAACAAAAAUUAUUUAUCUAUAGGAUUAGAAUCAAUUACAUAGAAUUGGGUAUCUAGAUGUUACUUGGAUAAUUGUAGCGUAUAGAUCUAGAUAGAUUAUAUAGUUAUUAUCACAUAGAGAGCAUAGAUACAUGUUCAUAUUUCAUUUAGAGAUAUAAUUAUUAAGUUUUAAUAUCAUGUACUAAUGCAUUGUACAUUUCUGUUACUAAGCAGUAGAUUUGACUGAAAGAACAUUGUAACCAGUGUAAUUUGAGCCAGUCAUGUCAGAAUGUACUACAUCACAAAUCGCAAAAUAACUUAUGACUAUUUAACAUGCAAUUAAUCCAAAUGUAGCAAAAUACGCUAAGAUCGGUUUAUAUCUGACACAAAAAAUAUGUAUAUACCAACCCACACAUUUUUUUAUACAUAGACAAAUCUAGUUGUAGCAAAUAAGAAUUUACUAAUGAUUAAUAGUAAGUAGUUAGUACAUUUUGGCUCAACACGGUCCAAUAUUUAAGAAUUAUGACAACACAUUCUAAUAUCCCAGGGUGACGAGUGCAAACCAGAGCUUUUUAAGUUCUGUAAGCUCAUACCGUGAUUAAGUUUUAUGAAAAGAAGUCGGUUUUGUUUUAUGUUAAUGUCACGUCACAUAUUUACAGAUAGCACUUUGUGAAGUAUUUUUAGAGCACGUUUUUGGUCAACAAAUAUAAGUGUUAAUAUUUUUACUUAAAGAUAUCAUUAAUUAGUGUUUACGAAUCAUUGUUAUGAUUUUCUUAUGUUACUUGAUUUAAGAAUGAGAGACUGGAUAGUGCAGUUAGAACACAGAUUAAAGAUUUUAUGUAAGCAUAAAGCAAAAGAAAUUUGUCACAUCUGAUAAUAUUUAGAGGUAAUAUGAAUAAAUAUUAUUAUUAUAUAAAAUACAAACAAUUAAUAUAUAA